UCGUCGUUCUCCCAAAAAUUUGUAAAAAUUGACAAAGUGCAAUUUGCAAGUCCCUUCCUUUACUUACCUAUACUAGCUUUAAAUCAUCGUAGCCUUGGUGACAUUGGUAACUCUGGUGGUUCAUGCAUAUUGUGAAGAAGGGGAGAACUUUCAUUUCCAAAAACAUAAAGAAAAAACCGACGAGGAAAAGUACGUACAUUUAACGCAUGUCAUGAAGAUCAUCUAUUUAAUAUAUCUCACAAUAAUUAUUACUCUUCGACUUCAUAUGGAACAAUAAUAUGGAUAUUGGAUGCUCGCUCACAUUCAUUGAAAACAAUUGACACAAACUUCAAUAUUUGUCAUCUUUCAAUCUUAUACCAUCUCCUUAUUAUAACGAAAUUGUUUAUUGAAUUUAAUAAAGUUUCAUAUAGUGUGGUUACCCAGUCAGAUAUUACUCACAGCUGACACGUACCUACCUAAGUAUUGAAAAAGCCAGUCAUUGUAUUGUUGUCGACAGAAUUGUAAUAAACAAAUGCCUUCGAUUACACAUACGGCUAUGUGUAUUAUCGAUUAUUACACUGUUAAUACUUACGAGUUCUUUGAUUAAUAAAAGGCGUUUAUUCUAGGAAAAACAUUCAGGACCAAAUAGAUUAAUUGGUCCGGAAAUCUGCUGCAUAUCGAGGUUUCCUAGGAAAUCUUGAUUGAUAUUGUUGGCAAAAUAAGCAAGUUACCUUUGACUAAUACUUCUUUAUUUUGUAAAUUCCAGAGGUGAUUUUGAUUCUUCGUAAAUUACAUGGUUACUAAUCCAAAAAUACUAGAGAAGGGGGUGCUGACGUAAAAUCGUAUAAGAAUGGUCGGCAAUUACUACUCACUGAUAAAAUAAACAAGGCACUAUUUUACCCCCUCUAUUUUAGGCACAUUACCAUAAAGAAAAAAGCUCUAGAGUUCCAUUGUACUGUCUUCUACGCGAAAAUUAAAAAUGAUUUUCGGCAAAGUGAUUGUCAAUUUUAUGAUUGUAGCGGGGAGUGCAUUGGCAGUUGUUCCAGAAAUGUACUAUGAAGAUGGAACUGAUCUUUCAGCAGAACUUGAUAAUGUGGAGAACAUGACCGUUACAGGCGAGGGUGCAUUUGUAGAAUCGUUUCCUGAAACCGUUGGUAAAGUGGAGGUGAAUUCAACCGAAUCUCUUUCUCCAAAAAUGGGCAAACUGGAAAACAACCAAACCGAUUUCAUAGAGAGUGAAGCUGAAGAACUUGAUAAUGUGGAUAACAUGACAGAAUCGGUUGCUCCAAAAUUGAACACAUUAGGAAACAACCAAACCGUUUUGAUCAAGGGUGCGUCUGAAGAAUUUAUAUUACCAGAAAUGUGCCUGGGGAUGAACAAGAUCGAUCCAUCCAUAAAUGUAGGUGUAGCGAGAUUUGCACCAGUGAUCACCUUUGCGAUAUUUCUAUCUCUUUUACAUACUUCUAUUGUAUAUCUUGCAUUUGCCUAAACUUUUUGAGUUAAUAAUUUUAUACAGGAUAUAGUAACAUGCUAUCGUUAGAAAUGUUCAUAUAACUGUAUUUGUAAACUAUAUAUUUCUAAUACCAAACUAUAUUUUAACAUUUUGUUGCGCCAACAUUUGAAAUUUUAAUCGCUCUUUCGUUGCCAUCAAAAAUACUUCAAGGUAAAAGGGGUAUGUCUUUAGUCGCAGAUAAACCAGGUGCCCAAUUUCAUUAGUUUAGCGCAAAAGACUAAGAAUCGAGUUUGUAGUUUAGUUCACACGCCAUUAGACCAUGCAGUCCGUCAUUCUUUUUCUAUAAAUAAACAUUACCUUUGUUAAUUACUAUUAUCGCACAAUGCUUAUAAAAAAUAAUA